UCAUCAUUGUCAUCGUCAUCGUCGUCGACGCCGUAUGCCAAUUACAUGGGAUCGUCUUCUUUCUCUUUAGAGUUCCUACGUUCGAAGUGACUAAGCGAAAUCAUGUUUCGUAACCCUUGUCUAUUUAGCUGUGGCGGGUAACUUCCAAGGUGCAGCGCGCUCGAAUCAUGGCGACGGAAGCAGACGAAGAAGCUCCGCCUUCGAGUCAACCGCUGCUCGACGGCGAGCAACGGUUACUGCUCCAUGGAUCGGCUUCCAACACUACUUCUCAGGUUGCGAUUGUUGGCUCCAAUGUGUGCCCCAUCGAGAGCUUGGAUUACGAGAUAAUUGAGAAUGAUUUCUUCAAGCAAAACUGGAGAGGUCAUGGUAAGGUCCAGAAUUUACAGUAUGUAUUCAUGAAAUGGACGUUGUGUUUCUUCGUUGGCAUUUUUGCUGGAUUCACCGGAUUCUGCAACAACCUCGCCAUCGAGAAUAUUGCCGGAUUGAAAUUUGUUGUCACGUCGAAUAUGAUGUUAGAGAGAAAGUACGCGGCGGCUUUCGCUGUUUUUGCCGCUUCAAAUUUCGUUCUUCUUCUGUUUUCAUCGCUUAUAACGACGUUCAUAGCACCUGCGGCAGCGGGAUCGGGUAUCCCGGAAGUUAAGGCUUAUUUAAACGGAGUGGACGCCCCGGGGAUCUUUUCUCUGCGGACUCUGGUUGUCAAAAUUGUUGGUAGCAUAACAGCAGUAUCAUCAUCUCUCCAUGUGGGCAAGGCAGGGCCCCUGGUGCAUACUGGUGCUUGCAUUGCAUCACUGCUAGGUCAGGGUGGAUCUAAGAAGUAUGGUAUAACAUGGAGAUGGAUACGCUUCUUCAACAAUGACAGAGACAGAUGUGAUCUUGUAACCUGUGGAUCAGCUGCUGGAAUUGCUGCUGCUUUCCGUGCACCUGUUGGAGGUGUUUUAUUUGCUCUUGAAGAAAUGGCAUCAUGGUGGACAAGCGCCCUUCUGUGGAGAUCAUUCUUCACAACUGUAGUGGUUGCUAUUGUGCUUCGGGCUAUGACUGACCUUUGCAAGAGUGGAAAGUGUGGUUUAUUUGGAAAAGGUGGGCUGAUCAUGUUUGAUGUGACAUCAACAAAUGUUAUAUAUCACCUUGUUGAUGUACCACCUGUCCUUGUUCUUGGAGUUAUUGGAGGUAUAUUGGGAAGUUUAUAUAAUUUUAUUUUGGAGAAGGUUCUCCGAACAUAUAGCUUCAUCAAUCGGAAAGGCUAUGCUUACAGGAUACUUCUUGCUUGCUCAAUCUCCAUAUUGACAUCAUGUUGUUUAUUUGGCUUACCAUGGCUUGCACCUUGUCGACCUUGUCCAGCUGAUGCAACCGAAGCAUGCCCAACAAUAGGGAGGUCUGGUAACUAUAAGAAGUUUCAAUGUCCUCCUGGCCACUACAAUGAUCUUGCCAGUCUUUUCUUCAACACAAAUGAUGAUGCAAUCAGAAAUCUCUUCAGCAAGGGCACUGAUACUGAGUUCCACUACAUAUCAAUACUUGUCUUCUUUGUCGCUAGCUAUUUUCUUGGUAUCUUCAGUUAUGGGGUUGCAGCUCCAUCAGGUCUCUUUAUGCCUGCUAUUUUGACAGGGGCAAGCUAUGGACGCCUUGUUGGAAUGCUUAUGGGUUCUCACUCGAAUCUCAACAAUGGUCUCUUCGCUGUGUUAGGAGCUGCUUCUCUUCUGGGUGGAUCUAUGAGGAUGACUGUGUCGUUAUGUGUUAUUCUCUUGGAGCUGACCAAUAAUCUGUUGUUGUUGCCCAUGAUAAUGCUGGUCCUUCUUGUAUCCAAGACUGUCGCAGAUACCUUUAACCAAAAUAUAUAUGACAUUAUUAUGAAAUUGAAGGGUUUUCCUUAUCUAGAAGCUCAUGCAGAGCCAUACAUGAGACAGUUGACAGUUGGUGAUGUUGUCACAGGGCCACUUCAAUGCUUUAAUGGCAUAGAAAAGGUGCGGAAUAUAGUGCAUGUACUCAAAACUACAGGACACCAUGGAUUCCCAGUGAUUGAUGAGCCACCUGUUUCAUACGACCCUGUUUUGUCCGGUCUAGUCCUUCGAGACCACCUUAUUGUGCUUCUAAAGAAAAAAGCAUUCUUAUCCACUCCAAUUCUCACAAGGAGUGAUGUCACGAAGCAGUUUUCUGCCAAUGAUUUUGCUAAACGGGGUUCAACAAAAUAUGAAACUAUAGACAAUAUAGAAGUGACUGAGGAAGAAAUGGAUAUGUUUAUAGAUUUGCAUCCCUUUACAAAUGCUUCACCAUAUACUGUUUUGGAGACAAUGUCACUAGCAAAGGCUCUCAUUCUUUUUCGCAAAGUUGGUCUGAGACACCUGUUGGUGGUACCAAAGACCUCUACUAGAUCACCAGUAGUAGGCAUACUGACAAGGCAUGAUUUUAUGCCGGAGCAUGUAUUGGGACUACACCCUUUCCUGCUAGAGAGCAGGCAGAAGAAAUUUUGAUUCUCCCCCCCCCCCCAAACCCUUCACCCCUGUUUAUUUAAACUUUUAAAGAAGGCACCCUAGAUGAGUUUCAGGGCUUGUCACUAAUGUUGUAAAUGGUUAGCUUAGCAGCAAUGACAUUGGCUUAUUUUUUAUUCCUUUAUAUCAUUGUCUUAGGUCCAAUUUACUGUUCCCCUAAAUCCAUCAAAAGGAUAAGCUUGUAUUAUCCACAUGACUGUAUCAAAUGAAAAAUUAUA